AUGCGCGAGAGCACGGCUGCGGCAUGUACGCACACAUACGCAAGGUGCACGCCGGCAUCUGACUAUGACUAUACCCCCGCCGCAGACCGCUCACGCACCGCGCGCACUAUCAGGUCACAGGGGCUGCCACCCAUCACACCGAGCAUGCCAAGCUUCACAUUCCUCCCGCAGCCUUCGCCUGCCGCGCCCCCACCCAUGGACCAGACCGCCAGCCGUGCGAACGCAGCCGCCGCCGCCGCCCAGGGGCAGAGCCAUGGCCAUGCACCCACGGGGUACGACGCGGGCCGUGCGAUGCUGCACGGGCACGGGCACGUCAUGUCUCCUUUCUCCCCGUUCUCGCCAGGUGUGACAAUGUCGCCCGGCGCAUUCUGGGGCCGCCCCGGCAGCGGCGCGGUGAACCCGUGCAUCAAUCCUGCUGUCGGCGCGCCGGUGCACGCGCACCCGAUGCCGGGGAGCCCAGGCGGCUACUACUCGGCGCGCACCGGUGGGCGAGGCGAGGCGGGCGCGGAGGAGCCGCAGGGGUACUUCCCGCCUGUGCCCGUGUCGAUGGCGAUGGCGCAGGGCCAGGCGCAGACGCAGGGCGCAGAGGGGUACUUCCCGCCUGUCCCGCCGAGCGGGAGCACGGGCCCGGCGCGGUCGAGCGGGCUGGCGAACGAGAUUAGGCGGGGAGACAGCGGCAGCAACAGCGGAAGCGCGAGCGCGAGUGCGGACGCGGGGGCGAGCGAGGCGAGCACCGACCGUCCGGAGGCGCAUGGGCGCGGGCGGAGGCCGGAGCAGCCGCGUGUGGAUUCGUCGAACAGCGGGGCGACGACGGACACGGGGACGGGGACGGAUGCGAGUCCGCGGCCGCCGAGCUCGGAGGGGACGUCGUGGCAUACGGACGACAAGGCGCACGCGAAGAGGGUGGGCGGAGUGUGCGAUGCGGUGGAGGGCAUGGAG